AUGAGGCGUGACCCGCCUCUUUUCACAGUUGAGACUUUCAUACUACCUCGCAUCACCGGACUCAUUCCGUCUGAACGCGUCGUGAAGACUGAGUGGGCGCAUGUGCAGGGUCUGGACCUAGCCGAUCCCCGAUAUGACGAACCACUACCUAUAGACAUUCUCCUUGGAGCGGAUGUUUUUCCUUAUAUCAUAAGUGGAGACCGACGAGAAGGUACCGUCAAUCAACCUGUGGCGCUUAAAACAGUGUUUGGAUGGGUGCUCAUUGGACGGUCAGCCCCAAAUCCGUCAAAUAGUACGACUUCACUUUUCGCGUCUAUAGACCCCAUCGACCAAAUACUGCGCAAGUUUUGGGAAAUUGAAGAGCUCCCUACGGUGGAAAAGACCAGUCCGGCAGAACAAAAAUGCGAAGAGAUCUAUCGUACCACUACUACUCGACAGAAGGAUGGUCGAUAUAUAGUACAUCUGCCAUUCACCCAUGACCCACCUCCUAUUGGGGAAUCAUACCAUCUAGCACACACACGGCUCAUACAUCUGGAAUCUAGGCUUUCAAAAUCCACGGAUCAUAGACAGGAUUAUAACUGGGCCAUACAAGAUUAUUUAGACUCCGGGCAUAUGAGUUAUGUAGACAACACUGAGGGCAUUGAUAACACAUCUUUUUACAUACCACACCACGGUGUAGUGAAACCCGGAAGUACAACUACCAAGCUCCGUGUUGUUUACAAUGCGUCAGCCCUUUCCUCAAAUGGAAAAUCGCUAAAUGAUUACUUGUUUAUGGGGCCCAAACUUCAAAAAUAUAAUUGCUAUUUCAAUUUGAAUUAG